AUGUUGGGAAAAUCGUUAAUUAAUAAUUUAUGUCGUUUUUUAAAACCGAACGUUUUCACCUCUGGCACUUUCUUUCAUACAAGUUCUGCUAAUUCAUUAAAAUGGCUUGAACUUAACGAAAAAAUUUAUCCUCCGCAAGAGCCAGGCGAACCACCGAGACCAGCGUACAUUUGCCAUUGUAAAGAAAAUGUUAAAUAUUCACCUAAAAAAUUAUGGUACAUUGCAUGCUUGGUCAGAGGAAUGACAGUUGACGAAGCUGUAAAACAAUUACAAUUCAUAAAUAAAAAAGGUGCAGUAAUAGUUCAACAAGCAAUUUUAGAAGCUCAAUCUCUUGCAGUCAAAGAGCAUAAUGUAGAAUUUAAAAGUAAUUUAUGGGUAUCUGAAAGUUUCGUAGGAAGGGGCUUAAUAAUAAAAGGUUUAAAAAGGCAUGCAAGAGGUAGAAUGUCUGUCAUAAGAUACAGAUAUUCUCAUUAUUUUUUGACAUUGGAAGAAGGGAAACCACCAAAAGAUUAUUAUUACUUCAGAAAGGAAAAAUCUGGAGAAGAAAUGUUAGCGGAAUGGCUUAAUAAAUACAGAAACAGGAGCGUUCUCCAAUCUCUAUAA